GCCGCCCUCUGCCGUCAUCGCGGCGCGCCGGGCCGGGCCGGGCCGGGCCGGGCAUGGCUGAGGGGGCGGCGGGGCCGGGCGGCGCCGAGCGCUACUUCACACGCUGGUACAAGCCAGACGUGAAGGGGCGGCCGUGCGAGGACUUCUGCGUGCUGCAGCACUCCAACAGAAUCUGUGUCAUCACCUUGGCAGAAGCCCACCCUCUUCUUCAAAGUGGGAAAACAAUUAAAAACAUUAAUUACCAAAUCAGUGCAAACUGUAGCAGACUUCAGAAUAAGGUCUCUGGGAAGUCAAAAAGGGGAGCUCAGUUUUUAACAGAACUUGCCCCUCUGUGCAGGAUAUCUUCAUCAGAUGGAGAGGAAUACACCAUUUACAGUUGCAUACGAGGGCGGCUGAUUGAAGUGAAUGAGAACAUCCUUAGUAAUCCUGCUCUUCUGCAAGAAAAGCCAUCAACUGAGGGGUACAUUGCAGUGGUUCUACCCAAAUUUGAAGAAAGCAAGAGUAUAACUCAGGGACUUCUGACGCAAAAGGAGUACGAGGAAGUCUUGAUGAAACGCCGCAGUUCUGCUUCAUGAAAUCAAUUCCACACUUCCCUUCUGUGUUUGAUACUAAAUAAGUGACUUUUAUUGUACACUGUGAGUUUUAUAGUAUGGAAAAGGCCCAGUGCCGGUUUUUUAAAAGUGGAACUAAACUCCUUGAUUCAUAAAAGAAUAAAGCAGUUCAAAUAGUUUGUAUAUUAAAAUUUCUGUAAAAACUUGACAUAAAAUUUUUCUUUUUCUCUGAAUACUAUCACUACUGGUUUUUAAAUAAGCUCAGAAUGAAAUGUUGAAGAUUAUUUAUGUUCCACAAUCAGCUUUGCUUCUGCUUAAUGCAAGCAUAGUACAUACAGAAAACUCAUAGCAUUUAGCUGUCAUGUAAUUGAGUUAAACUAAUACAAUAGGGAGUUUGACACAGGUGAAUGGAAAAUAAAAAAGCAACAAAAGCCUGUACAAAGGGAAGAUAAAUUUGAAAAUUCGUAUUUUACACCAAGUUGUAUUUUCAUGGUAUCCUGAAGUCAAAUAACGCCCUUUGUACAGAGUUUUGUAAUAAUCAGUAUCUAUUUUCUUCAGUUUUAAAUGGCAUAAUAUCAAGUCUGCAUAAUACUUCAGUGGUUCUACAGGCAACUCAAGUUCUACUCAGUAAGUUUUAAUAAGAAAGAAAGCAACAUCUGCCAUCUACAAAUAGAGUAAAAGAAAAAGGGUUUCAGUCAAAACUAUUAAUCACUUAGAAAUAUACUUCUUGUGGAGAUGAAUCAUGUCAAGAUUAAAAUUCAGAGGUGCAUCUAUUGAAAGGUUUUUUUCCCCCCUACAAUUACUUCAUUGCAGGUAUAACUUGUAACUAAGGUAACAUUUCAGUGCUUCAAGCCACAGCCUUUCAGACUAUAUUCCUGAUUCUGCUUUAUCAAAUACCUAGACUGAAAUAGGCCAGAGAUGAGUUUACAGACUUCAACAGCAGUGUUACAUGUAGCAUAUGCAGCACGGGGGUCUUUAUGUAAAAUGUCUAUUAGCAGCAUCUUUGGGUUGACACAUCCAUUAAGACAUUCAGAAGCAUUAAUUACAAAAUAGCAAGUACAGGAAAGGCAUUCACAUUAUAAAAAUACAGAAUAUUUAGACUAGCUUGUGUUUUAAUGGCUAAGUAAUGGGACAUCUAUUAGAUGUGACAAAGGUCAACAGUUUUAUAUCAAAUUAACCUGGCUUGACUUUCCACAAAUGAAAGCAGUAUUGAAACUUCAGCAAGUGUUAUUUUCAAAUGGGAAUUCCUGCAUUUCUCAGUGCUACGAUUACUUGCUCUCUAAAAACGUCAUGUUUGUUACAUGAUUUUCUAAAGACUUGAUGCCAAAUGUCUCCACUCUUCUUUCUGGAGUACGUGCAUUUGUACCAGUUCGUAUUCUGUCUUCUUUCCAUGGUGGAGCAGGCUUAAGACAACCAUUUCCCGCUUUAUUCUGUGUAUGUAUAUAAGAAAGUUUUCUUAAAAACAACCAAGCAACCCAAGCAAACAACCCCCAAUAGUUUUAAAUAGUGCAGAUUAAGCUAGCACUCACCUUUCUCAGUAAUUUGCAACAAAGUGGAAGAAGUUGACAUAACAAGGUCAUCACAUUCCUUGUUUUCAGAAUGCAUGCAUCAACCUAAACAAGACAAUUAAUAGUAGAGUAAUACCUAUUACUCAAUACUUGUGUUAAGCAGUUGUUUUUGGCAUGAGAUGAUCUGUUUUGAGCUGGGUUAAGUAAUACUUUUGCUGUUAAAAUAUCUCCUAAUCAAAUGGGCUUGCCUACUUUUUUUUAUACUUCUCUGUAUAGUAUAUGUAAAACAAGAGCAUCCCUUCUGUUAAGCACAACUUAGCAGACACAUUCCAAGAGAAUGAACUACUAAUAAUAUUAUAUUAAACAGUAACAGAAGUCUCUUAGAAAGUAUCUAUUAUGAUCUAAGCAUGAAUCACCACAAUUCUUCAUGUUUUCCUUUUUCCAGCAUGAUUUAGAGAGCCAUGCCUUAGUUUGUUGUUACACUGAAAGUUAUCUUAACACUCAGUACAGAUCACAAGUCUGAGCCCUCAGACAUUAAUCUGAGAACCCGUUACUGCUAUGUACUGAUACAUCACUGUAUAACAGACUGAAGUUCCCAUUUAAUUUAGAGGGUGGAAAACAAACCAUACAGUAGCCCCAAGGUGCUGAGUUUGGUUCUGAGUGGCUUGCAUGCUUUAGCCAGUUUCACACCCUGCUGUAAAACUGAAACUCCUUUUCCACAGCCAAUUGCAAACAAACAUCCAGCUUCAUGGAAAUGGUCUUGCUCACAUUGAUUGCUGCUGGCUCAGGGAUAAUGAUCCCCUCUGAUCUUUGCAGAUGUACUUCUUGUGUUAACAGUGAUGAAACUUUCAUGGCAGAUAUCUAUGUAGUUAUUUAAAGCAAAUAUGAAUAUCUGAAAAAAAUCUGCGCAGUCCUGGGUCGAUGCUGCCUACUGAGAAGCAAAUGUGUUUCAGUAGUGGAGUUGGGGGUUUGGAAUUUGUUACAUUUAUGUUAAACAUCAGUAACAGUAAUAACAGUAAUUAUUACAGUGGUGGAAAUACAUAUUACCUUCAUUAAAAUUGUGAUCCCUGAAGUGCAUACUAAGGUACAUUUAAUUACAGUUCCUGUUUAUCUGAAUGGAAUUCUAGUGGAUUACAGUACCACUGCAACCUAGUUCUAUAUUUUAACAGGAGCAUAAAUUAGUAAAUCACUUUAUUUCAAAACAAGUUAGGUGUUACUUUGAGAAAUACAGAAUUUUUUACCUUACCUUUGUAAAUGUAGCACUUUUACCCUGAGCAGAAGCUUUAGCUGUUGUCUGGAUCUGCUUGCACAUAGAGAUGAGUUUUUCAGCCUCCAACAGAAGCAAAGGCUUGUCAUCAUCACGUACCUGGUACAUUGUCCAGAAAGACAAAAUAACUCUGUGUUAAAGACUGCAACAUCAAGUUAUGGGAGAAAACAGCACAAGCAACUUCUAAGCGGUGUCACUGAUGUCGUAAGAUACAUCACCUGAUCAGAAAGAGCAUGAAGAGCUGAAGCAAGCUUUGUGCCCUCUGUGGCAAAAAUCUGAAAGUAGGAGAAAGCAUGUAACAAAACAAAUCACAACAGAAGGUAAGGCUUUUUCCCUCGUGGUUUAUAGUGGCUUUUAUGUAAAAAGGUAGCAGGAAAUACUUGUAAUAAUUGUAUACAUCUACAAUUCACAAGUCAGCAGUUUGCAGUGACUUCUGAAAUAACAAGCUAUACUACAAACUCCCAUCCUCACAGAUAAGCAGAGUUGAAAGGCUUUCCCUUUAGAUAUAACAAAACCCCCAACUUCCAAUUAUUUUUUGCACCGUGGCAGCUCACAAAUAUUUUGUGAUGACACCUGCCCCGUUUGUUUAUUGUCCUUUCAAAGGUAACCAGUCUCCUGUUACAGACAGGUAUGCAUCCUGGAAAUAGCAUCCCACAUCCCUUCAUUUGGGCCCUUCUGUUUGCAUUGGGCUAGUUUUUACAUCUUCUUUCUUUCCCAUGAAAAUCCUGCUGCUCAGACUAGGAUGUUAACACUACCAGGGACUGAGCUGAGUGACACAACAAAUACUACAGAUGUGCUGAAAUCCACUCUAUUUGCCAUAAUGCCAGUUUGCUAUCCUUGCUCCUAGCCGGAAUCUGUCAGUGUAAUGAUCCUGUCUGAAGCUACUACUGGAACACUGGGAAUAUGUAUCACUUUCAGAAUAUGUAUCAGAGUUAGGCUGCUCAAAGUCUACAGCUGCCAGUCAAUUCAUGGUACACAGUACUUAUGUGUAAGGAAUCAAGACACUGAAGUUCAUGUUUGGCUUCACUGACAGUGUCUACGUCCUAUUUUGUUAAAAAUACAUUACCUCUGCCUGAUGAAAUAAAUCUUGAGUAGUUUUCAGAAGUCCUUCUCCUCUGUGAGAAAUAACAAAAGCAGAAGAUAGGCCAUUUAUAGACUGUCGAUUAUUUUGCUUGCUACUUACAAAAAUUAUAGUAUUGCCACUGAACAUUUUACAGUUCACACCAGUGAACUGUAAAUAUCAGUCUUUAGAAGAUACUAGACACAACUACCCACAAUAACUGACUUUAAAAAUACUACACAAACACCUCAGUAGCUACAGCACUCUCGGGGAAUUAACAAUGGCUCAGUUCUCAUAAGCUGAACAAGACCAGAAAUCCACAUCUCUGGCAUACUGAGUAUUAUUGGACUAGUAGGUAACAAAAAAAAAAAAAACAACAAUCUCUGGUAAAAAACCCCCAAGCAAACCUAAAUUCUUCAUGUAAGAACGCUGACAUUGCACAGGAAAAUUUCAGAUAAACACUUUUCAGUGCAAGGAUCAGUAAUUCUCAUCUACAGUUAUAUCUCAUCUACAGGUAUAUACUUGUGCUUUAAUUCCCUUAAUUUUCAAAGUAUUUAUGAACAUACUUCUUAAAAUGUUUUCCAUACCCAAGAGACAUUUAAAUAGAUGCCCUCCAAUGAAACAGAUGUUAAGCCCUUUAAAAAUAAAGUGGGGUUUAAAAUUAAGAGUUUUUUUUAAACAGUUUAGAAAUUUAUAAAAAUUUAUAAAGCCUACAGACAGAAUCAAGUUCUUUUCUAAAUGGGUCCUAAUUAUUAUACCCGGAAAAUGAAAAUGUGUUCUUUUUUAUAAACACUGUAAAUACUCUUUUUCUGACCAAAAUUUGUCACGUGCAGUGUAAUUACCUGGUAAAUAAAUACAUGGAGUAGGCCAUACUUGACAUGCCUUGCCCAUGUUGCACAAUCUCAUUCUCCUGAUCCUCCCAUUUCUCUGUCUCAGAAUCCACAUCAGAUGUUAGAAGAUGCAAUUCUAAUCCAAGUUUUGCAAUUUUAGCCUGUUCCUGUAAAUGGUAACCAUAUUUAUGGCACUUAAAAACGCUUUCUUUAGAUAAUAUAAAAAUAUGACAGGAGUUUUUUUACUAAAAUGAUGGCAUCUUACCUCAGUAUCAAGUUUGACUGGCUUUAAUGCUUUCAGAUUUGCAUUAUGCUUCUGUUUCAAACAAAAAAUAAUAUUUUUAAAUAAAAGGAAUUGGUAAUCAUUUCACUAGCAAAUCUUAAAGAGGUAACUCUAUAUUCAGAGAAAGACUUUGCAGGAGAGUUCCAGAGGUUCAAACAAACUUCUCAGCAGACACUGAGAACCUGAUCUGAUCUGUCUGUCCUGGAAUAGCAGGUGCAGAUGCCCUGAAAUUGCAUGGGAAAGACCUCUUCCACAGUUCUCAGGCUCCACUUCCUAAUGCAGUACAGUCUCUUCCCUUUACCCUGUAAAUCCUCAAUAAUACUCAGGACUAAACAGUCUGAAGCAAGUGCUCCUGCACUGAUUUUUCUGUCAGUGAUGGUACUGAUGUAACAGGGAUGCUGAUUUGGCUAAUAGCAAACUGAUGUAGGCUACAACCCACAUGAAUGCUGAUGUGAGGAGACAGCCCAUAAUGCUGUGUCACUCUGGAGAAGCAGCUGUAAGCAAAUACUGACACUGAUCUUUUCAUGGGUGUUCUUCUUUUUUUUUAAGUCAUUAACUAUCCAAAAUGUAAGUCUGGCUGCAAGCCAAAUAUUAGCUCAUAUUAAGCAAUAAUUAGUGGCACUGAUGUGAGUGGACUACCUGGUAAGGUAGUGCUUGCCAACUGCAUGACACACUUAGGCAGUAAUUAAUAAUUUAUUUCAUAAUUAUUUGCUGUUCUUGGCUUUAAUUUCACGUGCUGGUGCUGUCACUGUGCAAAGACAGCAGAACCACCAGACAUGGGAGGCACAGUCCAUAUUCAGAAACCACUGGACUGCAGAGUAGUAUAAAGUUGGUGUCAUAACUUGGAGAGGUGUGAGGCACAGGAGGAAGCUGGAUAAUCUCAGUGCCCAACUAAGAGCCUUGUCUGAGAUGCUGAAAAACUCUGGAAAAAACCUGCUGCUGUUCAUUUGUGGGAAUACUUGGGCAAAUUAGGUUCAGUUAUGCAUGCAGGGGACAAAAAACCCCACCAAGAAACAACACUGUUCAUUGUGAACAGCAUCAGAAAUGAGAUUCUGGUCCCAUUUCCAUUUCUUACUUCAAGAAUCUCAGCAAAAGUACUCAUACUGAAGUUCCUAGUGCAAUUUAGUGUUCAGUUUAAUUUUCUGCCAUUUCUCUAUUCCCAUCCAAAAAUGUUUAAAUAUUCUGAAUCUUAUGAAUGUCAACCCAGAUUAGACACUGCAAUUCUGCCUAUGUAUUAGAAAUGCUGAUCUCAUAUCGAAACAUUUAGCACAAAGGACUGAACUCCUAAUAGUGAUUUGACUAUACUGCAUAUUAGAAAUGCAAUUUCAUAAAUGCUGCUUUCAAGGCAGUGUCUUAAAAGAAGAAAGGAAGACAAAACCAAACGAUUUGUUUGUAAACACAAAUUUUGGUCUCGAAGGUAUGGCAAAUAUUUAAGCUGCGGAGUCAAGGAAGGGCAGUCAAGAAAACCAGCACUGGUUACAACAAGUAAGUUUUUCCAUUCACAAAUAACUAAAGAAAGCUCAGAAUGUUUUUGCAGUUUUCUCCACUCUUGUGUUCCCUUGCAUUAUUUUAACAGUAUCAGAUCAGUAGAUACAUUAUUCUGCUUUUAAAACAUGAUUUAACACUUUAAAGUAUAGAGAAAAAAAUAUGCAUUAAGUACACACAUGAAUCAUCACUGCUGCUCUGGUCCUCAUCUACAUGGUCUAGGGUGCAACUCAUUACCAGCAAACAUCAGAGUGGCAAUUAAACAGAUGUAACAAAAUAUGUGAUCUAAUUAGACUGGCAGGAACAGUGUGGCCUCUGUGCAGGGAUAGCGUGGGCGUCAGCCAGGCACAGCAGAUCUGUGGUGGCAGCAGGGGGAGGAGAGGCUCUGCUGAGAGGAACAGCACUGGGAAGAGAGGCAAUUCCAAAGCUCAGAGCAUCAGCUAGGCAAAGAAAUCAAAAUCACUCUGUGAAGAAGCUCUGGAGUCCUGUGGAUGCAAUCUACAUUUCCUGUCUACUUGCAAACUGUGCAUUUGUAACUGCCCACAGUGUUAAGUAUCUUGCAAAACUCAAAAAGAAGGCAGCAACCUUUCAAACAAUAACAAAGCAGAACUGUUUAAAUGCUGACCACAACAUUUUUAUUGAAGUAUUUUUAAAAACAUAUGAAUCCAUAAGUGGGACUCUGACUUCAAACAUUUAAUCUCUAAGUUAUGACAUCCAGAAGUUAUGUGUCUUAGUCAAACUGGUCAGGGACAGAAACCCUAUCCAAAGUUUUAAUAUUUAGUUCCAUAACUGUGAAAUUCACCCAUGCUCAUGCAGCCUAACAUACUCUAUUUAAAUCUGCAGAUUGGCUUUAUAAGAUUUUUUUAUAAAUCUUGGAUUUAUAAAGCUUCUAUCUUUUCAUUAAGGGUCAGAAGUUGUAUUAUGUUUGAAGCUGUAGAAGUGCACAACAGAAGACACGGAGACGGAGAACCAUUUCUAACCCAAAUUCCUCUACAGAUUAAGGAAAGAAAGCAAGGAGAGAAAGAAAAAACCUAGAACUUAAUGCACCUUUUGAGACCAUUUCUUUCCUUUUUUCCUACCCAUGGAAAGAUUCAGUUUACAACAAGUGAAUCAAAUGCUUGAUUACAUGACACUAACAAUGUUUAGGAGGCUUCCUAACACACAGACACUCUCAGAAACAGUGUCAUAUCAGUUAUAAUCAGCUAAGGAUAUUAAACGCCUCACACCUAAAAACUGGGCAUUUGGUGUAACUUUUUUCUCUACAUUGAACACACUUAAGAUCAAAGAAGGAAACAAGAACCCAUUAUUUAAAGAGGCUACAACAGGCUCGAACAUGAACUCUUGUUCCAAAUAGGUUAACUCAGGCUACAAUGUUAAGUCUUAGUAAUAUGAUUUAUUUUUUCUUUUAAUUUUCAGCAUAUUCCUAAAAGUGCAUGUUUUAAUAGCAACAAUGCACUUUUUUAUUAUAUAGCAUGAAAGUAGAGUUUGUGGUAAAAAAAUAAUGAACAGGAAUUAAAGUUUAUGUACAAUCAAAGUGAUUAAAGCACAUAACAUAAUUAGUUAGAUUUGUCUUCACUCUGUUUAUUAUUCACUUUUAUAAAUUGACAAACUUUGAUAUUUUACUGUCAGCCAUUCAGUCAGAAUGUGUGUUACCAAGAUAUUUUUAGGUCCCCAUCAAGUUGUGACAGGGAAAGAAAUCAAACAGAGAACAGCAGAUACAAAAUAAACACAACAAACCCAAAAGCAACUUACCCCUGGUCUGGGCAGUGAUAGGUAGACACGCUUCUCUCCUAUGAAGAACACACAGGUUUACACCAAAAUUUGUAAGCAGAUUUUAAUCAGUGAGAUCAAAUGCCUUACUUCAUCCUUCCUUAAACUGCAGUGUUAGAAAAUCAAAUUACUUACCUGUAAUUCCUCCUCUCUGAGUACUGCAAAAGAUCUUCUGUCUCAUGCUUUCAGAGACAGGCCAAGAGCUCUGUACUGCUCAGAUUUUAGCAACUGGCAAUUAAGAAAGCUUCCCUGAACAUUUCCCUCAGUAAUAUUCCUAGUUUCCUGCAUGUAUUUCACAAGGAAGUAAAGCAACUCUCUCCAAAGACUCACUAGCUACAUGCACUCAUUUUGUUGCAGAAUACAGAACAUAAAAUUGUAGCUCUAUGUAUGGCUUUUCUUGGCAUGGGCUGAAUGGUCUGAAAUUUGGAGCAGACAGUGCCACUAAGUGAGAAAUACCUAGGCAGGUUUUCCUAAGUAAUACAAAUAAAACUCUCAUGUUGUACCGUACUAUAUGUAUCCCAUGUGUGCUGUAUUUUAUGAAGAAGGAAGUUCUACACUUUUAUUGAAUUGUUUCUUGUAUGGCCAGGAGCCUAAAAUAUUCCAAGUCUGAGCAAGACAAAUUAAGAAAGAAAAAAACCUUUUUGGGUGUUACCUAAAAGUUGAUAAGAAGACUUUAUUUCCAAGAGGGAUCACUGCCUGGGCUAACAGGCUAAGAUUAGAGUUUCAAUUACUAGAAGACAUAACAGUCUAUGAAGACUUGCAUUUAUUACAAUAGAUUCAGGAGAGGAAAGUCUGCUAAACCAAAUUAAAAUAAGCAAAAAACUUAAGAGCUACUAAGAACUUGUUAUUACCAAAAACCCCAGAAACAAUCAAAAAACCCCACUAACUAAAACCCAAGGGCUACUACAAUGGAUGUCAGUACAGGUUUGCAUAGACACCAUGCAGCAGCAAAUGACAACCAACAAACCCCUCUACAGUUGCUAAUUCCUCCUCUUGUAUCAGCUCCUAGAGAAAUUCCAUACUGAGUCCUCAGAAGACAGUUCUUUUGUGCAUUCAGGAUUUUUUGAAAGCAUGCCCUUUAUCUCCUGACACAACAGGAAGAUCAUAAUCUCUGUAUCUAGGCAACUGACUCCUACAAUUUUAGGAUGCCAACAAGUGUCCUUCAACCCUCUUGAAAAAUAGGAAAAAUUGAAUCUUCCUUUCUAAGAUCACCUUUUCUUUCCCCUGUGCAGUUUUGCAAAAGAUGAAUGAGCUAACAGGGAACAAGCUGCAUAACCUUUUUUUUUUUCAGAAUGCAGUGUUAUUCGGAUAUUAAUUGCCCAAACAUGUAUCCAAGCAAGACUUCUCCCUAAAGACCAAUACAAAUUAUAGGAAGUCAUUUACAACAUCCUAUACAUCAAAACAUCAGCUAAAGGGCAUGUAAGACAUACCAAGAACAAAAGUGAACUUGCAAUUUUAAAUGCUGCAGCAUAAAAGAUCUCCUUGGAGCUAUGUAAAAACUUGUUGUGUCUUGUUAAAAAGUUCAAACACAGAAAGCUUUGACAUAACAAAUGGAAUAAAAAUGCUCACUGCAAUGACACAGUACUUGCUUGCACACACAAGGCAGGCAUUCAGCAUUACAGAAACCAAAUGGAAAGUGGUGGCAAACAAAAGUAAGAAAAUAAAAAUUGCCUUUGCUCUUCUAGUAAUUCCCAUUAUUUGGCUUAGCAAGGUUUCGUUGCUCACCAUAUUCAACAAGAAGAAAGAUCUAACUAUUUAUUUCUUGGAACAUUUUAAAAAACCCACGAAAACAUCACAAAAUACGCACACAAAAAAUAGACUUCACCAGACCCACAGAUACCAAACCUUUCAAAGGAGCAGAUCAACUCAGGUCAGAGAUAAUCCUACUUAAUCAGAAAAUACUUAAUUCCAUCAGUGUAACCACAGAACUUUUAUUUGAUUCCAUUAACAGAAUAUAUAUAUAUAUAUAAUUUUUUAGGUAUUUAAUUUCCUUAGUUUGUGUGUCAGAUUUUUGCUAUUAUACCAAAAGGCUUUUUUCACCACAUUAUGAUCUUUUUAUUUUACUCUGCCUUUGUUUUUCCUAAUGUGUUUUCUUAAACAUGUUUUUCCUUUUUAAUUUUAUUUCAUUAAAAUUAAUUUUCAUUAUUUCAUUCUGUCUUCCAAUUUUCUGCUUUCUACUAGUUCCAAUCCUAGUUUUCCCUAGAUAAUACCCCUAUUUGAACUUUCAAUUCCCACUUUUGAUGUCCCUUCUUUUCUGAGAUUAUGGCAGCAUGCCUGCUUCACUCUUCUUCCUAGAAUUUGAGCUUCCUAAUUCUGAUCUGUAUCACCUACAGUCCUUCAGAAAUCUCAUGGUCAUUCAACUCCUCUCAAAUCAAGUGGGCAAAACAAAAGAGGAGAGAAGUAUGUUAUCUUCAGAAACUGUUCUCUCACUUCUUACCCCAGGUUACAAGGCAGCAAAUCAGAGGAUCAUUUAUUUACAUUCUUCUCCACCAUGUUCAAACCAAAACAUUAGAAAAAAGAGCUUGGCUGACAUCCAGCAGCUUGGAUUGAUGAAAGGUACUUUUGUCAGGUGGUUCAUCUUGAAGUGCAAGAGCUCAGAGUUAAACAUUAAAUGGAAGUGAAUCACACAAUCCCUCUGUGGGCAGAAUCAAACUUCCCAUGCCUGGCAGGAGGGACGGGUUACCCUCUCCAGGAGCCUGCCAUCCUCCUCAUCCCAACCUGGACACACCAACACUGUGCAGAAUGGGCCUCCUCACCACUGGAUUAAAAAGUGGUUUAGGAUUGAGCGAAAAAAGGACAGCACUACCUUGCUGUACAAUUCUACACAGCACAGGAAUAUUUCUAAAAUAAAAAUGAGGGUUACUGGGCUGUGCUCACCAACCUCCCCCACCCUGUUGUGCCUGUGAAUCCUGCUGGAGAAGCCCUCUUCAAUUUGGGCAUCUUCUAGUAUAAUUUCAUUAAAAUGGAGUAAAAUACUCACUUUCAAGCUAAAUUCAGCUCCUCCCAUGUACAUUUGGAACCUCAGCAAGAGAAAUACCUCAUUUUAUGUCAUGAAAAAAACCACUGGAUAAGGAGCUAUGCAAUUGCUUGUAAAAUUAAAGAAAUGAGUAUAAACAAUGUGAAUCUAGUGUAUUCCGAAAAAUGCUUCUUUUAUUUGAUGUGUCCAGCACAUUUAGUCACCAUUCAAUUUUUGCAUCUUAAGCUGUAUUCCGAACUCUCUAACACAGCCAAACAUUUAAAUUGGUAGUACAAAAAUACAAGAUUUUAAACUGAGGAGAAAAAAAAAUAUACCUUUUACUGUAAUUCUAUCUCUUCGUACAUACAGUCACAAUUUUACUAUGAAUAAAGCACUUGAUACAUUUUAGUCUGUAAAAUAAAGACACUUUUACCAACCUCAACAUUAAGACAAGUGUCAUGAAUUACAAGAAGAAUAAAGCCUUAUCAAAAAUUGUGAAGCUCCAUUGUGUUUAGAGGCAAAAGUUUUGUGAAUGCUACUCCUACAAUCUCUUAGCAAGUAAAUAUGUUAGUUUCAUUUAUUUACUGGAUCACCAGUUGUGUUUUCUCAGAGACGAAAAAUGUUGGAAGUGGCAAAGUAACUUCAGGGUAUUUUCUAGUAGGAAAAAGGUGGGGAUGGGUAUUUGGGUGAGAUUUUUUCCCCUCCCUUCCCUUUUUUUUUUAAUUACAAGAGUCACUCUGAAGUCCAAGAAGAGGAAACGAACAAAACCAGAUUAGCCCACAAUAGAGAGGAAAACUUUGUAGAAGACAGGUGGAUAUAGGACACCAAAUUACUUCUAAAGUCAUAAUUGGUGGCUACUAUGAAAUUGUUUCAGAGGAAAGUCUCUAACUAGGCUGGGCCACGUGACAAGGAAAAUGGAGUUUUCUUAACAGUGUUUUGGCAAUACAAGAUCUAACGAGCCAAGGCCACAGAGAGAACACAUGCAAUGCUUCGUACCUUACCAGUGGUGGUAUCAGAACACUUUAUGCUGAAAGAAAGAUUGAGGAAAUGAGAGCCACUAGCAAGAACACACUUGUGUGGUUAUGCCAAACAAGAGAAGUCUUCACUGCAUCACUCACUAUGGCCUCCAACCUGCUCAGGACCACCUACCCAUUCUCCUUCAAGCAAGAUCAUUGUGAAAUGAUGCUUUAAAGAAAGUGGAAAAUACCACUUAUGGAAAAUGUGUUAUCUGCCAUCAGCAGCCCCAUGAGAAAGUUACUAACUACAGAGGAGGCUGGGCAUCAGAUAUCAAGAACAAUUUGUUUGGAGAGCCAAGGAUAUGCUUUGCUGUGGUUGCAUGAUUCUCAUCCCAUGAUUUUUAAAUACAGUAAUAUCUAUAUAUAUAUGUAUGCACACACAGAGACAGAUAUAAAUCUAAAUGGUCUAAAGACCAUUGUAUGAAUAUGAAAAAAAUCAGAUACUGCAAGAUCAGCCCUAAAGAUUCCAAAUUUAUUCUAGCAAAUUAACAGUAGCAUAAUAGCGUAAUUUAAGUUUCAUUUUAUAAUUUAUUCUUUUUAAAGGAAGCGAGUUUGGCCCUGGCUCCCAAAACAAACAAAUAAAAAGAUUGGCUGGCUCAUAAACAGGCUCUCUGCACAUAUUUAUGUGGUUUUUCAGACCAAGGUGAAAGAACAGCUGGGAUAAUAAUCACGUUUUUCUCAGAAGUCACAAACUGCCAAUAACCUGAAGUACACACAAUUAUUGUAAACCCCCUCAGAAUUUCAACAUAUGUUUUCUUUUUAGAAGUCUUGAGGCUCAGGCACACACUCAUUCACCAACCAGAAGCAACAAUUUCAGAUAUUACACCCCGUGAUUGUGUGCUA